GUGAAGAUCUGUGCAUAGAUCUUCAGCUCAGGGGCUGGAGAGGACUAAAAAGCAUUUGGACAGCUCUCUGUGGUAGUCAUUCCCUACCUGUCUGGGCUUCUGGGUGCUUCCAGGUCAAAGCUAGUUAUGGACUGACCUGGGGCUGUGUCACUUUGCUGUAGCUGGCAUUAUGAAAGACAAAAUCUUUUAUGUGCAGUCACUCGUGCAGUAUAAAUUUGAGAGGCAGAAGGGAGGAAAACUGCUCUUUUCCAUUCUAGUUGCUGUUCUCUGGAUCUGAGAGACUGCUCUGAAAGACAGCAAACAGGAAGGAUCCAGCAGUACUGCAGAGGGUGAGACUGAUGAGAAGAGGAUGGGGUAAAUGAGCAAGCAGGUUUCUGAGGUGGCAGGAGAAACAUCAUCUAGGAACUUAGAGGUACUGCAUACAAUCUGUCACAGCCCAGAGGUCCAGUGAGUAGCUGGACUGAGAGGAAACCUGAAAGAAAACUUUCAGCAAGGACAGGGUGGCCACAAACUCUUCUUACUUCCCUUCUGCCUCCUUUUUAGAGGUUUACUGAAGAUGGAAUCCUUCUCUGAGCCAGUGGUAGGCCAUUCAGUUGUAAGUAGGGACUAAUAAUCUUGAAAGAGAAACUUAAGAAAUACUUCCAAGUCAGGAAAUACUGAUGCUCUGUUAUGGCUGUGGGUACGCGGGCCUGUUUUUGUGCUGGGGAGAGCCACAGAGCAAAUGGAUUUCAGAGUGAAGGUCAAGAAAUAUGGAGAUAAUGAGUGAUUACUACAGAUCACAAUGAGAUGGAGAUUGUAAAACUAUGUUUUUAUGAACUCUACCAAAAAGGAGGGAAAUGGAGAAAGAAUGGGAUGACAAUAUGUAACAUGUAAAGAGCAUGAGUUACCUACAUGUGCACGUCUCUUUGGCUUUGAUGGAAUAUUUCUGCACAGAUUAUGGAGGAAAGUGUGGGGAGGUUGUAACAGGGAGAGAAGGAAGUAGGAGUUCCUAGAAAUGGUGAUCAACAAAACUGUGAUGAGUUUGAUCCACUCCAAUUAGUGAGGAGGUUGUCUGCAGCCCUGUUCAGAAAAAGUUGGGAAAAAAUCUGGGGCACAGGCACAGAGCUGAAUAGGCUCUUGAGUAUUUUGAGCACCAUCAGAGGCUGGACCACCAUCAGAGACACUGUAAUGAAGUGAUGGUAUUGAAGAGAAUAUCCUUAUCUGUGAACAUCUGAAGAAAACAACAGGAUGACAAGACCCAUGAGGUUAUUCCUGACAUAUAUUUGGUACAUAAAUGAGAGCAUGAUCAUUCCCUCCUCUUCAGAGAGCAUUUGUCAUGUACUUUUACAUGAUAAUGGCAGUGCAUUAUGAAUAUUUACAGCUUACAGUGAGUAACCCCUCCCGCUUUUGCAGUCCCCUGUUUUCCACUCUGCUGUGUUGUUUGAGCCAUGAAAUCACCAGUAAUACUCCCUUUUGGCUGCAUCCCUGCACAGAUGCUGCGUUGCUUGAGGAGGGGUGAGGCAUGGCCAAUAAAUAAUCUGUGUUCAGGGAGGCUGAUUGUUGGGAUUAGUGCUUCAGAUGCUUUUAACGUCUGGAACUCCAAAUUCAUCAUCAUUGGAACCCAGAGGACAGCAGCAAGAUUGGGUUUUAUGAGUCUUUUGUUUGUGGAGACGAACAGCACAGGGGAUGAGAAAAGAAUUCUCAACAGCCGUGGAUGGGUUACAGCUGCGGCAGGCAUCCAGCAGCCGGGGCCUCCUCAAGUUCAUUGUUAUGGAAGUGAAAUGGAUUCACGUGUUGGCCAUCUUCUUCUUUCUGCUGUCUGUAGCUAUGACAGGCUGCUUCCUGUGGCAGUACAGCCUCCCCAGGGUGGAUCCCAACCCGUCUGUGAUGGAAGUAAGAUCAGAAGCUGUGCAGAUGUGCCCCCGCUAUCCGGAACCAGUACCACUGGACCACCCAAUCCCCAUUCUGAAGGAUGCAUUGGAGAAGGUAGAUAUGAUGCUGCGGCAAAAGAUUCAUAGCUCUGGUCUCCCUGCCAUGUCUGCCAUUGUUAUCUACAAUGACACUGUACUGCGGACAGGCAACUUUGGAAAGAAGAAUGGCUCAGAUCCCUCCUCAUUGGUGCCCAACGAGUAUACUAUUUACAGAAUUGCCAGUGUAUCCAAGAUCUUUCCAACCAUUAUGUUGUACAAGAUGUGGGAAGAAGGGAAAGUCACAUCUCUGGAUGACCCUUUGGAACGUUAUGUCCAGAACUUUGCCAUUAAAAAUCCUCUGGGAAGGUUCAAGGAAUCAGAACAGAGAUAUACAGCAGAUGGGCUGAUUUUUUUGGAAAAAGGCUCAACAUCACUUAAGCCAUCUCCUGUUACCUUGCGCAGAAUGGCCAGCCAGCUCUCAGGUCUGCCCAGGAAGCUGCGAUCUACCAGCCUGCUGUGGAAAGGCAAUACACAAGAUGCUCUGGCUCUCCUGAAAGAUGAUGUCUUGGUCGCUGAUCCUGGAACCAGAUGCCACUACAGCAAUUUGGCCUUCUCACUGAUGGCGCAUGUACUAGCUGACCAUGCAGCUGAGGGACAAUACCAGCGCUGGAUCUCAGAGAACAUCCUAGACCGCUUGGGCAUGGAGGACACUGGCUUCGACAUCACACCACCGAUCCGCUCCCAAAUGGCUGUGGGUUUCUAUGGCAGCCAGCAGCCAGCCCCUCUUUAUGACCUCGGCUGGUACAGGCCUUCUGGCCAGAUGUACUCCACAGCUGCUGACCUUGCCAAGCUGGCAAUGGUCUUUUUAGGCACCUAUCACCGUCGUCUCUUAGAGCCUGACACAGUGAAGACAAUGUUGACACCUCUGUUUAAGUGCUCCACUGAAUACUUUGCUAACAAGACUGGCACACCCUGGGAGAUUAAUGAGCAAUUGGGUUAUGAUGUCAUUAGGAAGGAUGGAGACCUUGAUGGAUAUUCAGCUACCUUCUCACUUAUCCCCAAACUCCGCCUGAGCUUCAUUGUACUGAUGGCAGGGCCCAGGCCUCAAGGUGAAGAUAUUGUAACUCAGACAUAUGAGUAUCUUAUUACUGCCAUGGAGACUGCAUUCAGAGAGGCAGAGAAAACCUUGUCUCCUCCUCCAAGUCCAGUCCCUUAUGUUGGUUACUAUACCUACUCCAACUUGACUUUCUAUGAGAUCAAAGUUGGACCUGGUGGGGUGCUGGUCAUGCAGCAGUUUGGGCCUCACGUUGAAGAGCUGAUCCCUGAGAAAUACCGGACAAUCAAGCUCCAUCACCUGGAAGAUCGUGUCUUCCAAGUUGUUUUUGACAAGGAGUUCCCUUGUGUUCUGUAUCUUGGCUCUGCUUCCAUCUCACUGGAGACCCAGAAUGGGCAGCUCUUUAAUUUUUAUCCAUUUGAUCGCAAGGGUUUGUCUCCUGGGUUUGAUGCACCAGGGCUAAACACAUACAAUGUACUGCGUGUACUUCGUAAACCUGUAUUCUAUAGCUAAAUGUCCCUUCUCCUUUUCUGACCAUUCCUGGGAGAUGGCUCAAAAUCUGCAUCUUACCAGACUCUCCUGUCUGCGUGGCUUUAUGGAUGCCACUUGAAAGGGAAAGACGCUGGCAAAUGACUCUCUUGUCCAACAAAUAUGUCAUGUAUCACUUCUAAAAUGACUGCGAUGGUUUGCCACCCCUGGCACUGCAUGACAGGCUGCCUAGCAAUGGAGGAUGCCUAAAGAAACAAUAAGUGGGAAUGUGCUGGAUGGAUGGUGUUUGUAUGUCAUAAAAAAAAAAACUUGA